UAUCGAAUACGAGCAAUUGCCCUUACAAACUAACCUCAGCGUGCUCACCUGAUAACCUUCUCGUCUCCAUUCCCGGUCUUCACCUUCGCGCAAUCCUCGACGCAAAAGAAGCGCGGAAUUUUCCACGAGAGCUUCCUGGCGAACGCUUCCACGGGAUCCAGUGGAGUGUCCGAAAUCCUCUUCCCUUUUAAUCCUCUCAUCCUACCAAAAAUCCUCAAAGAAUUGAAGGCAGGAAUUCGCGACGGGAGCUGGCUGGCGAAGGUUUCGACGGGAUCGAGUAUUAGUUCGUUUGAAUCUCUUAAAUCCGAAGAACUGCUGGACUUAGUAAAUCUAGAACUUGGGGCAAUCGGAGAUUCUUAGAUGAAGAGUUGAGCGGGCAGGAAAGAGAAGUUUUUGUUGUGAUUUGGGCAAUCUCAUAUGGCUUCGGAUACGGAUACAAGUGCGCAGAAGUUAACGACCAGUGAUGCCUUGGCGUAUUUAAAGUGCGUUAAAGAUUUGUUUAAGGACAAUAAGGAGAAGUACAAUGAGUUUCUCGAAGUUAUGAGGGGUUUCAAGAGCCAGAGGAUUAAUACAUAUGAAGUGAUUAUGAAGGUGCAAGAACUCUUUAAAGGGCAUAGCGAUUUGAUCCUUGGUUUCAGCAAAUUUUUGCCUAAUGGCUACAAGAUUAAGGUUCCAGAGGAGAAGAAGCCCGAGGAAAAGAAGCCUGCUGAUUUCCAUGAAGCUUUCAACUUCGUGAGCAAAAUUAAGAGCCGAUUUGAAAAUGAUCAACUUACUUACAGAUCAUUCUUAAAUACUCUUGAAAUGUAUAGGAAUCAUACUAAAUCAAGCAGUGAGGUUCGCCGGGAGGUGGCAUUGCUUUUUAAAAAUCAUGAAGAUUUAUUUAUGGAAUUUUUACAUUUUUUGCCUGAUGCAUCUACCUCAAAUGCUCAACUUGUAUCACCUGGUAGACGUUUUGCUAGGCGUGAUAAGUUCAGAACUAUGAAGCCACCUUGCAUGCAAAAGAUUCAGGAUAGAGAUAUGGAUAGGGAACAUGAAAAAAAGGAUGCAAAUAUGACCGUUGAAAGUGUUAAACAUAGAGAAAACAAGCAAAUCAAUCAAGGUUCUCCAGAUGUCUCAAAAGACGUGGCUAAUCACAAAGUUUCUUUAUCCCCCAGUAUAAUGGAUUACAAAGACUUGGAUCUCUCGAACUGCCCAAGUUGUACUCCUAGUUAUCGGCUAUUGCCAGAAAAUUGUCGUGCACCUGUCUCUAGCCAUAGAACUGAACUUGACAAAUCUGUUCUAAAUGAUGUUUGGGUUUCAGUAAGAUCUGGAACUUCUUCUAGUCCAUCGAGGAAAAGUCAAUACGAGGAAAGCUUAUUUAAAUGUGAAGAUGAUAGAUAUGAGCUGGAUAUGCUAGUAGAGUUUCUAAAUUCAACUGUUGAGAAAGUUCAAAAUUUGGUAUAUGGUUAUAAUGGCUUCGACGUAGUGGAUGCUUUGAAAAAAAUGCUAGUGUUGUCCCUCAUAUUGGACCGUCUAAAACAGAAACAAGAGGAAUGGACUAGUUGUUGUGCUAACUUUAAUAAGGUAUGCUACCAAGCUUCAAAGGAUGACAUUGUUGUGUAUGCUGAAUUCUCUGCUCCAUCAUCGGCAGACUAUGUCAAUGUGUCUAGGUGGUAUAACCACAUUGAGGCACUGUUGAGGAUGAGGUAUAUUCUUCAACAUAAUUUACCUUUCCAGCUUUUUUCAUUACCAACUUGCUAUGAAACUUUUGCUUUCACUGUGCAUUAUAUCAAUGUAUCUGGUGAGGGACAAGGCAUGAAAGUAGAUGGGUCUACUACCAUAUCCGAGAAAGUUCCAGCUUCUCAACCUAUUGCUGACACUAAGUAUAAUUUAGGCCGGCUGAACAGGUCCAACCUGAACCAGUUCUGGUUUACUGCCGACGGCCUGGGGGAGGGUGGAACCAAGGGAGAGGGGGGUGGAUGGCCUAGUGGAAAGUCUUCAAUUUUAUUGGACGUUAAGCCCUGGGAUGAUGAGACAGACAUGCAGAAGCUUGAAGCAGCUGUAAGGAGUGUUAAAAUGGAGGGCUUGCUAUGGGGAGUCUCAAAGCUUGUUCCGGUUGGAUACGGAAUCAAGAAAUUGCAGAUCUUGUUGACCAUUGUGGAUGACUUGGUAUAUGUAGACAACCUCAUUGAGGAUCACCUAACUGCCAAACCAGCAAACGGGCACAUCCAGAGUUCCGAUAUCAUCGCAUUUAAUAAAAUAUGUGGUGGUCCGGCGAAGGUGAGGGCCUCAAGUAGAUAUCCGACGAAGGCGAGGGCCUCAGGUGGUGAUCCAGCGGAGCAACAGCGUUAG